CCUUGGUCUUGCUCUAUUAGUUAUCCUCGCUGUGAAUACUAUGCUCUUCACUGCCAUUUUCAUCAUCCUGCAGCUGUCAGACAGUGUCAUGUCGAAAGUCAGAUAUGUCAGAGGCCUGGUGUGGAGAGCCCUGAUCCAGACCUGCAUGCUGGGCCUGCCCUGGCUGCUUGGCCUUUCUGCGCCUGGCAACAGAAGCCUUGAGGUCCUGAUCAUUCUCCUCCACUCUCUGCAGGGGCCUGGCAUCUUCCUGGUCCACUGUGUCUUCAAUACGGAGGUGAGGAGGCAAUACAGCAGGUGGUGGCAGAAGUUCAGGCCCUCCGGUGAUGAGCCAGGCUUCUCUGGCGUUGCCAUGGAGACAGAGCAGGACGGUCUGCCCUCACUGGUGACAGAUGAUCUCUUCAAUCAUGCUCAGGCCCUGAUUGGUUGAGCAGUGGGGGACAUGCAGCAUUUACCUUAGUUUAACUUAGUGUCACAAUUCCACAGAUUGAUAAACAAUAAAGAUGUAAUGUGCAAAAUGGUGCAAAGCAAAACAA